UGUGUGAAGACGUCAAAAGAGGGCGCGAUUUUCAUGAACAAGAAAUGGCCAGUUCUUCCAGAAAGCCGGACUUUGAGAACCCCAGAAAAGCACUUUUUCGGUCACCCACAGCUGUAGAAGGCAACCAACAUGAUCAACCAGAUUCUUGGAAACUGCUCAACAGAAUACAGAUCGAGCAUGCAUUUGAAGCGUGUAUGAAGAAUGCCCAAAAAGAGUUGCACCAGCAGCGCUUGGAAGACUUAAAGAAGCGAUUGGACUACCUAGCCGAAACGGACUGGAAGUACACACCAGCUCAAAAGCUGAUUGGUUUAGAAUGAUGAGGUCAUCAGAAGGAGUCCAAUGGGAGAAGUGUUGCAACAAAAGAAAGCGUGUUUGAAUUGUCAGUCGAGUCGAGAGUAGCUUAAAAUACUGAGAGGUGAAUCGAUGCCAUCAGGAUCUUCAACAUUUCAAAAUGCUUCACGUUGACUCUGAGUGGUGGACUCAACUGCAUGUAACCAUUGUUCAGUUGAUUGUGAUUGGUUUGUGGAAAUGAGGUAAUCAAGCGACGUGAGCCAAUGGGAGUUGAUGUAACAAAAAGAGAAUCAGCUGACAUUCCAUGUCAGGGAUCAUCUGAUUGGUCAAUCAAGGUCAGGUGAUCGAUAAGGUUCAUAAUAGACCGUAUCAAAUAACCCCCUUGUUGCUAAGAGAGUGGAAAUAUUGUAGGGCAGGCGGUAUGCGGAUGUAAGUGUGUACAUGUACAUCAAUCAAUCAAGCAGUAUGCAGUGUUCCCAAUUUGAUUUCUAUGGCACAUGUACAUGCACAUGCUCACAGACGCCGUGUGGUUGGCAGAUAUUUGAAUGGUAACGAAUAUAACAAAGAAUUCAAAUGAAGUGGGAAGGUAUUUGAAUGAUAACGUCUUAUUUGAUACGGUCUAAACAGACCAUGAAGAAAGCAAGAAAGGAAAUUUAUCAAAACGAACACGUAAACAGUAACACAUGAUCAAUCAACCAUUUUCCCAAAUGGAACUGCCCAAACUAUGUUGUAAACAAGGUUCGUGACUUCAACAACAAAGGGAGUCAUUAAUGAUGAAAACAAAAUUCAUGUACAUGUACAUAUUAUUUUAUGGUGUUUUAUUUUUUUAACAAUACAUGUCUGUGUUUGCACAUUUUCGCAUGAAGGAAAAAUAAAGUAAACAUUACAAUAUAAAUAAAUAUAAAGUAUCCUUUAUUUAUUAGCGGUCUGUACAUCAGAAGUUCCAGGUAACCACACUGUUUUGACCACUUUAAAUAACAAUAAU